GCGCCAGGGCGGACCCGCCCCCUCCGCGACGUCACCGCGCCCGCCUCGCGCGCUGGCUGACGUCACCGCUCUUGAGCGGGAAAAAGGGAACGGUGGCCGGCCGCGGGGGCUGCGGCGGAGCGGGGCGAUUCCCCUCGCGCCGCGGGGGAUCUGUUACGAUGGAGGAUGUGGAGUCACGCUUCCUGCAUCUUCUGCAGCCCAUCCGGGAUCUCACAAAGAACUGGGAGGUGGAUGUGGCAGCCCAGCUGGGGGAGUAUCUGGAGGAGCUGGACCAGAUCUGCAUUUCCUUCGAUGGCGGCAAAACCACCAUGAACUUCAUAGAGGCAGCUCUGCUGAUCCAGGGUUCUGCUUGCAUCUACAGCAAGAAGGUGGAAUAUCUCUACUCUCUUGUUUACCAGGCCCUCGACUUCAUUUCCAACAAAAAGCGGGACAAACAGCCAACUUCAGUGGGGGAGGAUGGCACCGACGCUGACGUUAGCGCUGGGCCCAGGACGGAGGAGGAAGAGUUCCUCUCAUUGGAUGACAUUAAGGACACCAACGUUGUGAGCGUGGACAUGAGGAAAGAUCACCAGCCUAAUACUGUGAACAUUAUCCCCUUGACUCCGAUGGCCCUGGUACCCCCAGAAGAGGCAGAAAAGAAGGACAACCCCCUGUUCAGCCGGAAGGGGGAGAUCCUGGCCAGCCGGAAGGAUUUCCGCAUGAACACAUGCACCCCUCACACCAAUGGAGCUUUCAUGCUGGAGCUGGCGGGCCUCUCACCCAUGCUGUGCUUCCAAACAAGACACCAGGCCAGGGACCUUGGCAGUGCUACAGGAGGGCAGACUGCCGCCCUGGGGUCUGGAAACGCGUCCAUGGAGGUCAGUGCCUGUGAGACUCCUGUCCCAGUCUUGAACUUCUCUGAAAAUGAAGGCGCUGUGGCACCAGAGGGUGGUGGUGACGAUGACGAUGCAGGAGGAGGAGGUGAUUUCUUGCCUGAUGCCCCAGAAGGGGGCGUGGAGAUCAGUCCUGCUGCUGUCGAGCACAUUCAGCUGCAGAAGAGUGCACCCGAGGGCAAGGGGUACAUGCUGCGGGAAAGGGCCCCUGCUGUGGUGCCCAGCACCCACGUAAAGGAGAUGCUGGAUCUGUGGCGAAGCCUUGACCCCUUUGAUGACUCUGAGGACAAGCCCUUUAAGAAAGGCAGGCCCUUCACGGUGCCGAGUGACCUGGACGAUGUGCCCGGCAGCAAGCGGAAGAGGAGGGCACCCAGGAAGCUGCAGGACUUCAUGAAGUGGUUUUCUGCAACCCAGAACGACAGAGCUGACAGCAGAAGAACCAAGAGGAAAGGGCCCACGUUUGCUGAUCUGGAGGUUCUGUACUGGAAGCAGCUGAAGGAGCGGAUGGCCGUGCAGAGGAAGCUGCAGAGGAGAAUGGGCCUGCUGCUGGGGAAGCAUCUGCAGGAGGAGGAGCUGUGGGAGGAGGCCGAGGAAGAGCUGAAUGCCGCGGACGAGGAGCAAAUGGACGACUACCUGGACCACGACGGGGGGGCAGAUGACUUUCUGGAGCAAGAGGACAUCCACCCAGAGGCCCCGGAGCAGCUGGCCGAGGGCGACCUGGGCCCCUGCGUGAUCCCUGACUCCCUGAGCUAUGAGGAGCUGGUGAGGAGAAACGUGGAGCUGUUCAUUGCCAACUCCCAGAAGUAUGCCCGCGAGACGGUGCUGUCCCAGCGCAUCCGCGACUGGGAGGACAAGAUGGAACCCAAGCUGCAGGAGCAGGAGGAGCGAGCCGCCUUCGACAUCCACAGCUACGGGGACCAGCUGGCGGCGAGCUGUGGGAGGCUGGGCGAGUGGCACUCUUUUGCCAGCCUGGUGGCGGGGAAGCCGGCCUUCGAGGUGUGUCGCUCCAUGCUGGCCUCGCUACAGCUGGCCAAUGACUACACGCUGGAAAUCAGCCAGCAGCCGGGCCUGGAGGAGGCGGUGGACACCAUGAGGCUGCGACUCCUGACCCAAGAGCGAGCGCAUGAGCGAUUCCACACCUACAUGGCCCCCUCUGUGUCAAACUGACAACGCCCGUGGGUUUCUGGGGUGCAUGGCACCCACGGGGCUGCUGCGUUCCUAGCGCCCUGCCUAUUCCCUGUGUAUAUACUGAGCUCUGGCAGCACGCCCUGUACAGCCUGUCCCUUUUGCUGCCUCAGCUGUCUUUCUGUGGGCCCAGUGCCUCCUCAUGUGGGGUGGGCCCCUCUUCUUCUCCCUUUGCUCUGUCUCUUUCCAUUGGCACAGCCUGUGCAGUAAUAAACCAUGGGUAUGGUCUU